AUGGAAUACAAGAUCCACUGUGGAAUUGCCCAUACUCGAUGGGCAACUCACGGAUCACCGAAGGACGUUAACAGUCAUCCACAAAGGAGUAACGAGAAGAACGAAUUCAUGGUCGUUCACAAUGGAAUUAUCACCAACUAUCGCGAAAUCAAAGAAUAUCUGAAGAAAAAAGGACACAAUUUUGAGUCCGAAACGGACACGGAGGUUAUCGCAAAACUUGCGCAGCAUAUCCAUAAUCUCUAUCCGGACUUUUCAUUUCGACAAAUAGUUGAAGUGGUUAUUCAACAAUUGGAAGGUGCAUUUGCGUUAGCUUUCAAAUCUUCUAAAUUCCCUGGACAACUAGUAGCCACUCGACGUGGAUCUCCACUUUUGGUUGGAAUCAAGAGCAAUAGUCGUUUGCAGACGAACUACUUCCCGGUUUUAUUCAGUCGUGGCUCGUGUUUUCCGUGGGCCGAUGAGCAUAGACCAUUGGAAGAGGGUGCGAGCACUAAACAGCAUGAUGCUCGACGAUUUCCAUCACAUCAUGUCACUCACUUACGUCAACCUUCCAGCGAUGACUUGUUGGACGAGAUAUCCAGUGUAGAAGAUCUUUCGCCUGGCGUACGACCUGCUCAUAUACGCGACCUCUGCAAUGGUUCAACAAAUCUGCGUAAAGGUUCCACAAAUGUGCGUCCAUUUGAUUCUGAGGAUUGGGAGGUGGAAUACUUCGUCGCAUCGGAUGCUGCUGCAAUUAUUGAACACACAAAACAGGUGCUGUUUCUGGAGGAUGACGACGUUGCAGUUGUGAUGGAUGGAGCACUGACAAUCCACAGCAUCACUCGCAGUUCUUCGACCGAAACUACGGAACAAAAACGAGAAGUUCAGAAUCUGAAUAUGGAACUGCAACAGAUUAUGAAAGGAAACUUCAAGACUUUCAUGCAAAAGGAAAUUUUCGAACAACCAGAAUCUGUGGUGAAUACAAUGCGUGGCCGUGUUCUACCUAGUGGUGACGUGGUUCUAGGCGGAAUUAAGGAUUAUGUAGCGGAUAUCAAAAGAUGUCGGCGUCUUAUCAUGGUCGCUUGUGGCACAUCGUAUAAUUCAGCGAUCGCUUGUCGCCAGAUUCUCGAAGAACUCUCCGAGCUGCCGGUAGUUUUGGAGCUGGCCUCAGAUUUCCUGGAUCGUAAGACACCGAUUUUCCGCGACGACGUAUGCAUAUUUAUUUCACAAAGUGGCGAAACAGCUGAUACACUUAUGGCUUUAAGAUAUUGUAAACCUCGUGGUGCCCUUCUAAUUGGUGUAACAAAUACCGUCGGGUCGUCGAUUUGCCGAGAGUCUCAUUGUGGUAUCCACAUUAAUGCGGGUCCAGAAAUUGGUGUCGCGUCAACGAAGGCUUACACAUCACAAAUUUUAGCUCUUUUAAUGUUCGCACUUGUCUUGUCAGAUGAUCGUAUUUCCAUGACGAACAGGAGAAAGGAAAUCAUCAAUGCUCUCAAUCAGUUGCCAGAUCUUAUCCGUGAAGUUCUGGACUUGGACAAAGAAGCACUCGCAAUUGCUCAAGAAAUCUAUAAGGAGAAGUCGCUAUUGAUUAUGGGAAGGGGGUUCAAUUUUGCCACUUGUCUUGAGGGUGCAUUAAAAAUUAAGGAAUUAUCCUAUAUGCACUGUGAAGGAAUUAUGUCCGGAGAAUUGAAACAUGGCCCACUAGCAAUGGUAGACGAAAAUCUACGCAUUUGUAUGGUUAUUUGUAAUGAUUCUGUCUAUAAGAAGUCGCUUAACGCUCUGCAACAAGUAGUAGCUCGGGGCGGUGCCCCAAUCAUCAUUGCUGAUCGAAGUGUUCCAGAGAAGGAUUUGGCCGGUAUGACACAUGUGCUGAGGGUACCAAAGACUGUGGAUUGUGUACAGAACAUUUUGACAGUAAUUCCUUUACAACUGAUGUCCUAUCACAUUGCGGAACUCAAUGGACAAAAUGUCGAUCGCCCACGAAAUUUGGCAAAGUCGGUGACGGUUGAAUGA